GGCGACCCGACUCAGUUGAGGUGCGCUUUUCUUCGGAGCAAGACCCCGAGGUCCGGUGCGCUGGAAAUUUGCUGUGCGUGGACGAGAAAAAUCACAUUCAACGCCUCCUGCUCCCUUGGUUCAUUCUCUGCGCCUAGUGCACCGGUUGCACCACCCACCCGGCACAGGUGUAUGUACUGUGGCAAAUACAGUUGAGUGGGCGCAUAUGAGAGGCGGCUACUGUCCGGGGAUAGUGGUGCAUAAAUAAAAAAUAAAAAAUAAGUCAGAGAGGACACCAAGGGAAUAACAAAAAAAGCGGACGAUGUCUGCGAGUUCGAUUUUUCACCGUGAAUCAGUGUAGUGAGCAUUUGGUGUAGGGGGGGCUCUAUCAACAUCGAUGCUGGGUGUUUGACUGUGUAUAUGUAAAGCUAGCUGUGCUGUGAAAGGCUAAGUCGGCGAAGAAAAGCAAAAAAAAACCCUUAUACUAAGUGCCUCCAGGCAAUCGGAGACCCACUUCCAACCACAAGCGUUGAAGCAAGGCAUGAUAGCGACGACGCCAACGAUAGCAAGUUGCUGGCAAAUGAAACGACGUUCAAUAAAGAAUUGUGUGCGUGCGUAUCGAGAGCGUUUCGUUCCGAGAAAGGUUAUGUGCUCGCAGUGUGCGCUAGUGGGCGCGUGUGUGUAUGAAUGUUUGUGAAUGUGAUUGUGUGCAAUUUGAGUCUGCUAAAGUGGUUAAAAUCAAAAUCAAUCAAGCGCAAAGUUCGGAGUCUCUACCACAAGCUAUGGUCGUUUUUUUAGUGAAAGAUGGAACAGUUUUAAUGUAAGCCAUGUACCCGUCAAACAAAAGGAUUACUAAAGGUUCGACACCGAGUGUUAGAAUGAGUGCAUCUUAAGCUGGUACAGAUUCUAUAAAUUUGAAGGGCAUAAUCAUAAUCAACCUUAAAAGUUACCAAAUGCGUUUUGAAUUUUUUGCUCUAUAAUAGGAUUAUGUAAAUACAAGUGAUUUAGAUAAGUAUGACUGAUGUAGCGAGAAAUCCACCCCGGAUUAUUAUCUUUCAUACAUAACUGCAUCGUGAAAGGCUUAUGGAUCAUGCAACGCUGAUCGUACAACAGAUAUACAACCUUCAUCGUUCGGAUUAUUAGUAGCAAUACGAAGAAGAGUAUUUGCGGUCGUUUUUGCACCAUGUGCUCUUUUCUCGACACGUGUUUUCCAUUCUCAACUACUAUCUCUCGAAACAACGAAACCUGAUACACGAGUGGUGCGUGCAUAAAUGUGUUCAGUCCAAACGCAACACUUUCAUCUACAAGUGUGUUCAUAAAAAUUGGAAUAACCCACGUGAAACAGCGACGAUCGACCUCGUGGCAAUAUCGAAGGUGACUUCAAAAUCUUGUCUACACUCGGUGAGGUGCUCGUAUAUGGUUCAUAAAACACAUUCCAGAGGGCAGUAAAAAAAAGAACACCCAUUCGUCGGCCGCCAUCCAAGAACAGUAUCCACUCGAGAGCGGGUCAGCGUUGCACAGCGUUUGGCUUCUCGUAAAACUUUCGGAAAACAUACAGAUACAUCGUACGAAAAUAAAUCAAAUUCCGGUAACGAUGCCGACACCGCUGGACAGUGGACGGCUUGCGGUCGGUUCAACAAGUGGCUCGACCUUAGCGUCGGAUCGAGCGUGAAGAGGAUGCUCAUCAAGGCUAUACAUCUUCACAUCCAAUUCAACAAACAUCGGUGAUGGGUCAUCUUCAUCAUCGCCACCAUCACCCGGCUCAUGAUCGGCUGCUCGCUAGACUCGUUUUCGGUACUGUAUCGCGACCGACAAGCUCGCCGUCCCAACAAUACCACUGCUAUCGUCACCGACACAUACUGCGCUGGGUGCUCGUGGGGCUUAUCUCCUUCCUGAUUAACACAGGACAUGGACUGGAACAGCUUUCCGGUCAGCAGGAACCCCAAGCUGACCAGCAACCCAUCCCACCAACGUUUUCGUCGACCUCCACGCCGACCCCAACACUCCCGCCCUGCGAACAGCGUGCCCUGGACGAUAUCCCACCCGAUCCGUUCUACGACGUGUCGGACAUUACGAUCAGUGCGGCUAAAUCGUUUGCCGAUUUUCUCGCUAGCCGCAAGAUAGAUGGUACGUCUCGUGACGAUCGCAAGUUUGCACUCGCCCGCGAGAAAGCCAACGAGCUGGCAACCAGUGUACUGAAGCAGGACGAUGGAUUGCUGCUGGCAGUUGGCAUUGCGUACCCGCGGCUUCCACUGGCCGUGGUACAGUUUCGGGAUCAGAUCGACAGCGCGCACGUCAAUCUGUCCGAGAGCAAGAACUUCCUGUCAACGUACUGGCGCGAGUUGGGAGCUGCAUGGAACCAGAGCAAUGGCGCACAGUUCUGGGGUGCUCCGUUUCGUGACUGCGGCCCCCUCUACGGACGGUGGCUUUGGCCGUACAGCGUUACCGUGGAGUCACAGGGUGUCAAAAUCGUAGCUUCGGCGUUCAUUGCAGCUGACGUGGAUCAAUGCAACGAUGCCCUGGAAUCGAUUUUUGGCCGUCGUCAUGUUUGCGAUCGUGAGUCCACCUUCUGUCUGCUGUCGGAGCUGGACGCUUCCAAGCCCCGGGGCAAGUAUACUUGCGUCUGUCGCCCCGGUUACUACAUUCCCAACGAAUCAAUACAGGGGUUUUCAUCCGAGAAAGACGAUGGCAACAUUACAAACUUUAGCUGCAUUCCUUGCCCAAGUGCAUGCGAGUGUGAUUCGGAGGGUAGCUGCAGCAGCCCGGACGAGGACUUUAGCACCGAAACACUCAUGAAGGCUACGAUCGGUGCUAUCUUAGGAGCUUGUAUGCUUUGUUGUUUAGUGUUAGCGUUAAUUGUGUUCCGCCAACGGAAGUGCAAGACCAUUGCCACCGGGAUGUGGACCAUUUUAGAAACAAUUUUAUUCGGCAUUUUACUUCUAUACUUAGCGGUUGCGCUACACUUCCUGCAGGCAUCGACUGUGCGUUGCCUGCUGGAGCCGUGGUGUCGCGAGCUGGGCUUCAUCAUCUGCUACGGUGCUAUCGUGCUCAAGCUGUACCGUCACCUGGUGGAGUUCCGCACCAGAAAAGCUCAUCGAUGGGUUGUGAGAGAUCUCGAUCUACUGCGCUACCUGUGCGCCAUGAUCGUCGCGGUGCUGUGCUAUCUGGCCGCCUUUACCGCGACCAGUCUCGACUUUUUACAGUACAGCGAGCUGGUGUGGCAGAUGGACCAACCGCAGUCGAUGGACGCCGAGCAGGUCGCGUCCAAUAUGUGUCGCCCACUUCGCUGGGACUACGUAACCGAAGCCGGCGAGCUGCUAAUACUCGGCUUCGGUCUACAGCUAGCCAUCGCCAGCCGCAACGCAAACACACAAUUUCGGGAGCGACAGUUUUUAGUAGCCUCCAUACUGAUCGAGUUUCUCGUCUCGUCCACGUUCUACAUACUGCGCUUCUGGUAUUUGGAGGAGUUUAAUCCGUCUACACUGUUCUUAGCGCUGUUUGUGCGCUCGCAGCUGACCAACACCGUGACGUUGGGUUUGAUUUUUCUGCCCAAACUCUGGUACCAGCAUAAACAGUCAAGGGAACCAAUCUGCGCUAGCACGCUGCGUGUACUUUCCGUUAGCAAAUAACUAUGUUGUUCAAUAUAUUCGUCCCACCUUUUUGCCGUGACUGUUUUUGUGAGUGUCAUCCAUAACCGUGCACUCAGUAUCUGUGCGGAUUGUGUCUGCGUCUGUGUAGCAUUGUGUCUGUAAAUAUGUUUCACUCCCGCCAAGACAUUAACAUCAAUAUUUUGUCACCUUUUUUAACAUUCAUUCACACAUUUUGUUUUUACAUUUGUUCUGACAUGUGCGUGCUAUUUUAAUUUUGUUCUCUUAAUUCUCUAAAGCAUUGAAAUUGAUAAACAAAAAUUUCUUUAUUAUUUUCACUCGUUUUGCACACCGAACCAUAAACAAGCUCAUUCAUCUUAUGAGUUUCCACUAGUCCCCCAGCCCAACGACGCAAGGCAGCUUGGCUGAGCAGCUUUCGUUUGCCAAUUAUUUACUCCACGAUCUGCACACUGGCUAGCUAAUUAUUUCAACAUUAGCCAAGCGAAACCGUCGGCAUAAUAAAUAGAGGUGCUUCUUCACUACGCCCAAAAAAAGGGAAAACGUUAUGUCAUCGAAAUUUACUUUCAUUCUCCUCAAAAAAAAAAAGAAAAGCAAAAGGAAUAAUAAUAAUCACCACCCUGUACCCCCGAAGGGUAUAAUGUUUUCCAGCUUAAGUAAAGAUAAGAUGCCGGCGUUAAUUCUUCCGUACCUUUUCCGCGUAGCAUCUCCGCCGACUCCGUUCUGGUCGUCGAGUGUUUUUGUUCUACUUUUUGCUUUCCUACUUGCGCAAUGAUUUAACAAUUUUUACUCCCGUUUGCUGUUUUGCUGACACAUUUUUUUUUAUCAACUACGACGCGUAAAGUGCCCACCGGCCUGAUUUUCUUACAAAAUGUGCCAUUUUUUUCAUAGACAAUAACCUUGCGUAUUUUAAAAUGAACCGAUUUCGGUUCGGGAAAUGUGGGGUGAAGGAAGAGAAUACAUGGCAGAGGUUCUUCUUUUCACGAGCUUCUUCCCACCGUCAAUCAGAUGGGAAUGGUGGUACAGGAGGUGGUUGGUAUUAAGCCAACACAGACUGCUUUCUUAUCUCGUCAUCAUCAUCGCACGCUUCCUUUUACCAUCUGUCAACCUGUUUUUAGAGGAUGGGGCAGUGGGGAGCUCUGCGUGGCAUGGGACGGACGCUAUGGGCUUGAAUGAAAAACAAAUUGAACCACUUAUUUACAAAAUGUCCCCACCCGUUGUCCCUCCCCGGGCGGCGCUCAUGAGGCUUUUCUCACACAAGAAAGAUGGCGCCAACGACGGUGGCAUCACCGUCGGUCGUCGGUUGUUUACUGAAACGAUGUCAAAGGCAGGAUGUUGUUUUUGAUUCAUCGUUAUCAAGAUAGCGUGGCUUCGGUGGAAAAUAAACUCACACCCAUAAAAUGAGUCGCGCUGCUCCUCAGCCAAAUGAGCGCACUGAACUAGCGGUACGUCUUGGAUCGAAGCUCAAAGCUGCUCCACUGUCUCAUUAUGCUGCAACAGACCGAAGUGCGUGAACAAUCGAAAAUGUGAACAAUCGUAUGUGUGUCUUUUUUCCUACGCUCGACCGCUACAUGUUGUUUGCCAAUUACUAAACAUGCUCCAGCUAGAGUACCUUCGCGUCGUUUCGAGAAGCGUUAAUGUUGACAUACGCCCUUCUUUUCGGAAGUGUGGACGCGAGUACCAGCUUCCCGCAUCGUCGGUGCAAUUGAGCGAAAUUGAUUGCGUGUUUAUUCGACUGAAACAAUCUAAACGCGACUGCUCCGCGGCCUUCGGUUUUUCCAACCGGGUGACACGCGGAAGAGAGUUAAUGCAAACACAUACACACACACUCACACAUUGGCUCAUGCUUGAUUGGUUUGCUUUGGUGUGUCCCAUUCCCUCAGAGGCGGCCAAAUUGAUGGCAACGUACAACAGAUUCAAGCUAAAGGUGUUUGGUUUUAAUUAUGUCGCUCAAACAAUUUAAAGUUCACUUCCACUUCACAGCGCAUUAAACUGUGCCUUAUUGUUGGUUGCAGCUUAAGCACUGUUUAAACUCAAACGAUCCUCUGACCUGAAUCUCCGGGAUUGGAAUGGUCCUAAGACAAUUGUUGGAUUUUUAGAUUUAUAAGUUAAUCAAUUUAUAGAAAAUUUCCUCCUAUGGCACAUCGAAAGGAUGAUGAGCAGCACUACCAGAGGUGGAUCCAUGUUUCUCAAACAAAUUUUCAUCCGCUUCUAACAAUUCUGAAGUAUUCAUUUAUAUAACUAAUUGAGGAUGAUUGAUGAUGAAUAGAUCCGUGAAUGUUUGGAUCUUCAUAUAAAGCAAACACUUUAUAAAUUAUUAUAUCGUAGGAAACUUUCUUGAUUUAAUCAAUCUUUACAGAAAGUCUUUCAGUCCUGAAUUAUUUUCUAUCUGGGCAAGUUAUGAUUGCAUUAAAUUACAGAAUGUUUUUUAGAUAAAGACAAAGGAUAAAUCUAACUCAUUGAAUGCAAUAGUUCAGGUCUGAUGAAAUGAAAAAAAAUUAUACAAUUAAAUCUUUUCAGCCUCUAAUUCUUCUUCUACUUCUGCUUGGGGUAAUCUUUUCUCCACUGAAUACUGUCUUAAUGUACAUGAGUUGUGAAUUUUGUUUGUUUUUCGAUGCAUAACUCAAGUAACUUUGAUUGUUUCGGUAACGGUAAGGUAAUGUAUGUAAUAUAUACAUACCAAGACCGACGCAAGAUUCAAUGAUAAACCACCAAACCGGUUAUACCAAACGCAUAAAAGCUAGCAAUAAGUAUUUUAUCACGGAACAGAACCUGGGAGAUAAUCGAUACACAUCCGGAUAUUUCAGGAGCCAGCGUUUCAGUAGACUUCAGAUCUGGUCUAACCGCUUUAACGGUUCAAAUAUAUAUUCUUUUUUCGUUAAAAACAUUUGUGUUUAUGCAAUUGAAAAUGCAUUUCAAUGUAUUGACAAAGUUUUCAUACUUAUUUCAAUAUCAUAACAGUACCAAGCAUUUCAGCACAAUUGGCAAGAGCGUAUAACAAACAUGCUUUGAUCCAGAAGAAACCUUUCCGGAACGAUGCUUAUCCAUCAUUAUGCGUCAAGCGUUCCAAAAAGUUAGCCCAGAGUACUUAUCCUCUCCUUUUCGACACUCCCCUCUUCUUCACUCAACCGUAAAAAUGUAUCGAAUCAAUGGUAGCAGCGGUAAAACGGUUUCCUGUAAAAGUUUACCCUUCCUUCACCCGAUGCCAUUGCAACCGGAAACGGAAGUUUUGCUAAUGUCAGUCCCAAGAAACAUCACACCAAUUUCUUGCUAACUGACAUUACUAAAUGCAAGCAAGAAAGGACAAACACGAAACAAAGUGACAGCAUGCCUUAUGUCUUGCAAAACUCUCUUCCAAAUUACAGAACUACGUUCUGCCCAACCUCUGCAUGCACUCCAAAUCUGUGUGUGUUACUGUCUUACGCUUCGGUGCACACUACCAUCGGAAGCACGCUCCGUUGUAGCUCGCAAACAGUGCACACGUGCACGGGCUCUUGCACUUUACUCAGGAAAGCUAGAAACCGUACGACCCAAAAUUGGAUCUUUAUUAUCCGCUUGCUUCAUCGCCCGCGACCCAUUGCCCUAGGGGACGAUAAUCCAGGAUAAAUGUGUAAUUUAACACUUUACACCCAUUGCUCUCCCGAGCCGCAGGAUGCGCCAGUCGCCAGUUUCAAGUUUACAGCUUCCCCAGUGAAAACGAAGCUUGGACAGACUUUCAAAUUACGUCAGUAACUGCCAAACCAGCGUCCGUUUCUAGGGGCCGAAAACUUCCAACAAACACACUUAUCCCGUGAACCACGCGGCCGUCCGACGGAAAUUCGGUACACGGUGUGAUUUUCCGCAGUUCGAGCAAGCAUCGUGCGGAAUAUAUAUGUAUGUGUGUGUGUGUGAGCGGAAGUUGAAGUUGGAAGAAACCCCUUGCUCGAGUAUCUCCGGACUUUAUUAAAUUACAUAAAUCAUGAGAGGAAAAUUCAAUCGAAGGGACAUUUCUCAUCGUUGCGCUUUUCGCGCAAAAUGGAUGACGCGUGGUGAUGUUUCCCCUUGCGUAUCUGCAGAGGCAGCAAAGGCAGACGCAGAAGUCACCGGUAACCACCGGCUACACGUACACGGAUUCCAUGAAAGAUUUGAUGCCCACGAACAAGCCAAAAAAAAAGCUAGAACCGGCACCAUCACACAAAAUCUUCCACCGAGCCCACUGGCAUGGUCGGGAUGGGGAUACAGAGAGAGAAAAGAUGUUACUCCUGCGAAUCCUAAUCAAAUUUUCAUGACAAUAAACUUUGUACUGUUGCGUUGGUUCUUUAAACGAGAGCCACCGAAAAGUUAGUCACGUAACAAUCUUGAACGCGCACCAGAAAGCUUGUUGCACGUAAACGUGGCGAAAAGUUAAAAUGAAAAGGCACACUGUAAAACAUGAAAGAUACGCAGACGACACAGCUUUUCCACCGCCUUCUAUUUGGUGCGUAGCAGCGCAGGCGUGUAUAUGUGUGCCUGCGUGUGUCUGUGUUUAUGUGUGUGUAUGUAUGUAUGUAUGGUAUGUAUGUGCGGUUCGAACUUUGUCUCCGCAGGUGUUGUUACUUGACUACUUGGAUAUUGAAGCAUAUUGAGGUGCCUCAUCUCAUUAAAUAUCGCUACUAUCUCCCUAGUUUCCUUAGCUCGUCACGUCCGUUGCACUCUUUUAGCGGGAGGCAAAUGAAAGAGUUUUCAUUCUCGCUGCUCUCAAACACCUUAAAUAAAGUGUACUGACAAGGUGCGACGUGCUUCGGUGAGAAUGUUGUUGGCAUAAUCCACUAGAAGACAGAAGAUGGGAAGUAGUGAACGAGCAGUACAAUGAAAGGUACACUGAAAAAAGUAUAGAAAGGGAAUGAUAGUAUGGUGAGUCUGAGUUAGAGUGCUAAGAAAACUAUUGAUGAAAGUGAUUUACGGUUGACGAUAGUCUUCGGUUAACAAUAAUAUAAAAUCAAGGAUUUAUAGCUAUUUUAUUAAAUUUUAGAACUGAUGUUUUAACAUUAGGUCAUAUAAUACGCACUUUAAGUACCAAGGGGCGGUCCCAUGGUACAGUCGUCAACUCGAACGAUUCAAUAACAUGCCCAUCAUGGGUUCAAGCUUAGAAUGGACCGUCCUCCCAUAGCAAGGAUUGACGAUCUGGCUGCGUGGUAAUUAAUACAGUCUCGAAAGCCUGUAUAGGCUGGCAUGUCCUCGUAGGACGUUACGCCAAAUAGAAGAAGAAGUAUCAAUGCAGGGUAUUGAUUACUUUUUAUCUUCUAUUUCGCGUAACAACCUACACGGUCAUUCCGACAUAUUCAAACUACCGAGGAACAGUCCAUACGAGGCUUGAAGGCCCUUGAAGGGCAUGUUAUUAAGUCGUGCUGUUUGACAACUGUACCACGAGAUCACUCCUAUUUUUUCGAUAAAUAGUCUAAGAAACUGUCCAGUAAGUUUAGAUGAAAAUGGCAAAAGAUAGAUGAAAUUAUGAGCUGUCCGACACUGUAACCUUUUCCGAUCUAAUUUAUAGCGCAGCGUAAACAAACCAUAGCAUAAUAUUAUUUCCAUUAAUAAGAAGAAAAAAAAAUAUUUGACCCACCCAAAUUACAAACUAAGCUAAAGCCACAAAUUUAUUAUAUCGUUUUAUAGUGAAAGCAGCGUUCUUAAGAACCUUCCAACUCUCUCAUCUAAUAGUCAUACAGCCUCACCCCUACCACUCACGCACAGUUUAUUCACUAUUUGUGUGCUUACAAUUGCUGUCCUCAUCGUCUACCUUCCCCUGCUAUGGCUACGGUAAAGUUAACACGCCUUCAAAAUGAGGUAGCUCUACAACCUCCCUUGCAGACAUUACUUGUGGACAGCGCGCCCCGGUGUAGGAGCGAGCAUUCUGUGUAGCGACUGUUUUAACUUUCACUGUUUAUUAUCCUUACAAUCUUGUGCAAAGUUUAGGCACCUGUAGGCAAAUGUUUUCCUUUCAGCUAAUCCUUUCCUACCAUUUACGCCGUCUCUGUGCCGGAUAUCUUAUUCGGUGCCCUAGGAAAGGCGGUUUCAUAGUUUGCAUAAUCGUACAAGAUCAUUAUCUUUCCCUCAAAGAGAGAGUUUGUGUGUGAGAGAGGGAGAGAGAGAGAGAGAUAAAGCGAGAGAGUGAGGGAGAGAGAGAGAGACAGGUAGACGGUACAACAAUUGCUCCUCUUAGAAACGGUAUGUGCAGUUGUCAUGCAUCACAACCGAUAUGCUUUUCAACACUCUACGAGAGCGGCUUAACCGAACGACAAUGAAAAUACAGCACAAUUCACACAUAUAAACCGUUUAUAAUUCAUGCGUAAAGAUAUUUUAUUCGCUAACUGCUUGAGAUGGGCUUAGGCAUGAUUCAAAUAUCUAUUCGAUGAGCCAUUAUGGCGCAUUCGAUGUCAAAACUUUAUUUCCCGUAGUGUCCCGAGGACUAAUAGAUAAUCGACACCUAUACAGGGUGGCAACCUAAAAGUGAUGCACAUUCAUUCAUUUUUGUCAUAAAAUUCGAACUUCUUUUUCUUCUUUGGCUCAACAACCGAUGUCGGUCAAGGCCUACCUGUACCCACUUGUGAGCUUGGCUUUCAAUGACUCGAAAAUUCGAACUAGAUUUUAUUUAUCUGAGGAAUCGAUGUUAAUAAAAUGCUAAGGUAGUCUAAUUACAUACAUUGUUGUUAGUUGAGUUCAAAUCUUUCUCGAUUGGUACGUGAUAACGGCCCGUAAAUACUUUUCAAAGUCAUUGCAAGCCUCGCGCACAUCUUCAUUCGGCAUUUGGUCCCAAAUCUUCACCAAACGAUUCUUGAAUUUGUCCUAGCUCCAAUGCUUAAUAUUGUCGAAAUUUCCAGGCUUGUAUCCCCAAAUUCUGAAUGUCAAUGAUGAUAUUAAAGCGUUAAAAUAAUCUGAUUAAUAAUUACAUUAAGAGUAUAAACAUAUUGUAAAUACUUUAAUUUUUGAUCUCAUUUUUAAUACCAUUCGUUGACAUAGUCCUUCCCACGGCCCUUAAGCUUAAUAUAUCUGACAGUCAAUCUUUCAAUUUGAAACUUAUGCGGAUGUACUUGUAUUCAAAGCAUAAAAAACGUUCAAAGAAUCAUUAUAGUAGAUAGGUGUUGAGCCUCAAAAGUACUGUUUGUAAAAAUAUAGCUAGUUGAUUGCAAAGUUAUAUAUUUAAAUAAAACUGUAGUUUUGAGGCUCAAAUUGUUUUUGAGAGAUUAAUCAAAGACCUUGGUAUAUGUUUUUUUGUGUGAAAAUAUGUGUUAAAUUCCAAUACAAAUUCACAGCAUGAUUGAUCAACCUUUUGUCAUUGAAAAAUUUCAUCUAUUUGUUGGGAUUUUGAAUAAAAUUCCCCCGAAGUCAUUUUUAACCAGUUUCUGGUUGAAUUGGCAAAGUCAAAAUAUAUUGAAAACUUGGGAAACCCUUUUGUUAAAAAAUGUUGAUUCUUCUUCUUCUUUGGCACAACAACCGUUGUCGGUCAAGGCCUGCCUGCCUGUUCCCAUUAGUGAAAGUGAGCUUGUCUUUCAGUGACUUAUUGUUACCAUAGCAGGAUAGUCAAUCCUACGUAUAGAGGCACGGUCUAUUCGGGACUUGAACCCAUGACGAGCAUGUUGUUACGUCGUACGAGUUGAAGAUUGUACCACCAGACCGGCCCAAAAAAAAAUUUGAUAGAAAUGGGAAUUUUCGAAGUUGAUGUAUUUCGGUGCAGUACUCAACAAUACUCUUUCAUGCUCACAAACUUACAUAUUUUUGUGCGAUAAGUAGAGCAAAACUACGCAAUGAGAAGUACGCGAUAUUCUUCACUAUACACACACACACUAUUUGUGAAAAAUUAAUACUUCCUAUCUGAAAACUGAGCUGUACAGUUCACGAAUUUCUUCAUUAUGAUCUUUUACAAAAAAAUUACCCCUAUCAUUAAAAAUGAUACUAUGCCAUAUUAUAAAUGCAAAGCACCUAAAACAUUGCGCUUCAACGAAAGCAAUAUGCGUAAAGCUACUAGUAAUGAGAACUAGAGUGAAACAGUUAACCAUUAGGUACGGCCAUUAGGAAAAUCUUCCAAUCUCAUCUUAUUACCAAAUACCACACAUUCAUCUUAGUUGGUCUGUCAAUUCAAUUGUUUCACUUGUUUAACCAGUUGUCUGUCACACAUAUACUGAGACACACACACACACACAUACACACAUUUUCUCUACCGACCUGCAUUUCUCUAUUGAAUGUAUCUAUAGUGUCCUACUCGCUCUAACACUAUCUCAAUCUGUAUCUGUACUAAUCUUUCAACAUUGGAGCCAAUGUUCGCUCAAAGAUCGCUCAAAAUAUCUUCAAUAGUUGAGCAAUGAAUACAAACUUCAUUUCAUUUGUCAGACAAAUCUCUGUAUGUUUGUUGUUUGAUGUUCUUUCGAUGUGUGUAUGUGUUUUCCUUCUAUUUCCUUGUUAAUUCCUCGUGAACAGCUGCCGCGCGACAACCAAAUGCAUUCAAGCAUUCGCACUACCAUUAAGAGCCGCAUUAAGCAGUAACACAGUUUUGAACUUCCUUGAAAAAGAUACGCGCCAAAACUCUCAAUUCACGAUUGUUUGUCGAUUCAUCCAUCGUCUCUGUAUGGCUACUAUCUGUACCGUAUCAUCUGUUUCCAGUUUGUCUAGUAGCAAACGCUAUGCAUUCACUGUGUUUCCUUCGAAUAUCAUUUUCCCUUCGAAUAGGAUCCUUCUUCCUUCCCUUUUUCUCUCUUUCUCUCUUUCUCUCGGUCUCCUUUCUUACUCUCCCAUACUCUUUACCUAUCCUGUUGGGAUCUAUUGAUGUUGUUCGUUGUAUCAUUCUGUUUGAAUCCAAGUAGCUUUGGUUCGAUUGUGUUCUGUUCAGUACCCGCUCUCGGGUUCAUUAUUAAGCGUACGUCGCGAGAGGUUGGAAUCUCUUUUCCUCCCGUUGCGUACGUCUAUGUCUGUUUGUGUGCGUGUUUUUUGUUUGUUUUGUUGUUCUUUUUGGAUGUUCCGUGUGUGUGUUGUUGUUGUUGUUGCAUC